GCUGCCCUCGCCGCUUCCAGCGACUGCACGCGCACCUACGUCGUCAAGGACGGUGACUGGUGCGACACCAUCUCCGCUGCCAACAAUGUCUCCACCUACCAGCUCGCCGCCGUGAACCCCGACAUUGACGACAUCUGCGGCAACCUCGCCAUUGGCUCCACCCUCUGCCUUGGUACCAAGGCCGAGGACUGCACCUCCACCCACGUCGUCAUCGCCGACGACAGCUGCGAGGCUAUCCAGGCAGCCUACUCUAUCAACUCCACCAUGCUCACCCACAACAACCCUCAGAUCGACGACGCCUGCGAUAACCUCUACAUCGGCGAGGUCCUUUGCGUCGCCAACGAGGUCGUCUCUACCGCGGCCACCUCCAUCUCCCUUGUCGCCAAUGUUGCGUCCACCGCGGCCACCUCCGUCUCCCUUGUCACCAAUGCUGCGUCCACCGCGUCCACGACCUCGUCAGCCGCGUCGGUGAUGAUCACCGUCGUUUCCGACGACGACUCGAUCCCCUUCUGCGACGAGCUCUAA